AGAAUCCCUGUGAAAAAAGAUAGUCUCAGACUCUGUGAGGAUUGUAAGGGUUAUUAUUCAAAUAAGUAUUUUUUUAAACAUAAAUGUCUUGCCCUUAAGCCUACUCCAAUGAAACCUAGUUUGAUGUUAUCAACAAAUGAUGCAGAAAUAAAGAAAGAUACAGAGUUCCAGGCAAUACUGAAUAGGUUUCAUGAUGACUUUGUUGGAAAUUUGUGCAGAACAAAUGACAUAAUUAUAAUGAUUGGUUACAGACACUUCAAUUUAAGAAGACACAAGAAUGGUAAGGAAGAUGAAGUUAGGAAGGUGGUUAUGUCUGAAAUGCGCUCUUUGGCAAGGCUGUAUUCAGAAUUUGAAAUGCAUUGUACAGGAAAAACUGUGGAAGAUAUGCUGUCAAGAACUCAUUUAGAAGAUUUGUGUGAAGCAGUUAACACUUUGACAAAAAGAGAAAACAACUCUGAGAAACAUGGUCUGAAACUUCAUUUAGAUGCAGUGAUAUUAAGAUCAGUCAAGGCACUGAAAGGUUAUUAUGCUUCUAAAGAACAAGAUGACAAAAAAAAAGAGUUAAAGCAUUUCAAAGAUGCAUAUGAAUAUAAGUCAAAAAUUCUUUACCCCAAAGCUAGACAGAUGUGUAUCAACAACUCAUUCGAAAAGGCAAGGAAACCAGCCAACCUGCCAGAUGAAAUGGAGUUGAGAAAAUUAAAGAACUUUAUAGAAAAAGAAAUAGUGGAGAUAACGCAAAACUUCCAUAUUAAAGAUUAUGCUUAUCUCAGAACACUUGUUGUCUCAAUACAGAAAAAAAUAAAAAAUAUUACAUGUUCUAAGUAAAAACCUUGUCACGUAUGAUGUAGUUGAUGAUAAGGAACAUACAUGUAUAUUAGAAGUUUAAAGUUGAUCUCUUAAGAAAUACAGACUUUAGAUUGAAAAAUGAAUUUUUUAAGGAAAAUUCCAAGUUCAAGGUGUGACAAUUCUGGAGUUAGGAGCCUUGUCACAUUAGAUGUGGUUGGUGAUAUAUUUGGAGUUUAAAGUUGAUAUUUUAUGAAAUAAAAAAGUUAUAGUAAAAAUAUUUUACUGCCUGAAUUUUGAACAUGGACGCUAACACCUGGGUGAGUGGGAUAGUCAAGCUAAAAAACAACAAGUUGUUUUCAGAUAAUAAUUAAAUUAAACAUUUUUAUGUCAUGAAACAAUACAAAUAUGCUGUGUAUAAAUUUAUAAGAAUGAUAUUUUGAUUCAUGCACAAGUUCCAAGCAAACUUUUAAGAUAACAACAGCCUCAUAAUGGGACCAGUUAAUCUUACUUGGUGUAAUGCUCCUAUAAUUUGUUUAUUACUUUGAUUUCUAUUCACCAUAAUAAACGAAUAUAUCGGACAAAACUACAAAUGCUGAACAAAGUAUUCUAGGUAAAAAAUAAGAUAUUUAUUUAAUAAUGCUCUACUUUUUGUAUUGUUGCAAAGGCGUUAAGUUAUUACUGGAUAUAGCUUUGAGUCCAAAAUGGCUUGUUGCUCAGUACUUUUCCAACUACAUGUAUUUCUUUUAAGUAUACUCUGUCCAAUGAAUUAAAAUAUUUUUUUAUAUAACUUUCUCAUUUCUUAAGGUAUCUAUCUCGAAUAUUUAUUACUUAUUACACACAUGAUGUGUGAUGAGAUACAUAACUCUAGCACACAUUUUUUCAUAGUUAUCCCCCUUGAACAUACAAUUUUUGUUGAAAAUGUUAUUUUUAUGCCCCCGGCAAUUGAACCAUUCAUUUGUCUGUCCGUACGAGGUUAACCUAGUACGCCAAGUUGAAUUUUCCUUAAGUUCUACCUAUACCAAUUGCUUCAUUAUUUACACACUUAUCAACACAAAGUACAUGAUCUGGGCAAUUUACAUAACUAGCUUCCAUUUUUACCAAGUUAUUGCCCUUUUCAGCACUUAGAAAAUGAGUAAUGGUUAACCUAAACCAGCAAGUUGAAUAUAUCUUGUGUUCUAGCUUCAUAAUUACCACAGUUUCUUAUCAAUACAAAGUACAUGAUGUAGCCAAGUUAUAUAUCUGUGCCAUCCAUUUUUUCCCAGGUAUUUCCCUUUUUAUCACUUUGAAAAUAGGGCCUUGUAUGGUAUUCUGGCAAGUUGGAUUUAUCUCAAAUUUCUCCUUUUUACUUCAUUUAUUUAAUGAUAGCUUUCAUAUUUUGUAGGUGGAUACCUUUAAUGCUCUUCUUAUGGUUAA